AUGAAGGGCACUGAUCUUCUUCAUGGUGAGCAUAAAGAUGACCUGUUUGUGUUUGAAGCCACCAAACAACAUGAAGACAUCUACACCUGUGUGUGUACCUGGACACACUAUCAGCACACCUACAACACGUCAGGCUCCAGGAAGCUCAUUCACUCAGAAAUGGGUUUUUAUCGUAAAAUAGAAAUCCUCUCUCCGACCACCAGUGUGCAGCUGGCUGAUGAAGGUGUUGGCAUCAAGCUGAACUGCUCUGUUUUAUGUGGAACGAACGUAAAAAGGGACUGUGCAGCCAGGUGGGACAUUAAAGGACAGCCAGUCCAACUCAUGGAUGGAUACAGUCAAACCAGCACAGUAGUAAUUGAGAAAGAUUCACAGAACUCCAUCUCCACAGCCAUCUUGACUAUUGAAAGAGUAUCUGCCAAAGAUUUCCAGCAGGAGUUUCAGUGUGUCGGUGUGGAGCUUUACACGAGUCACUUUGUUACUUUGACUCUAAGGCAGAGAGAUGUAAAAUUGUACGAUGCCUACGUGGUGUACCAGACCCAGGAGCUGGACAGAGACACUGAGGACAGAAUCUGUCGUUUCGUCUCAUCAGCGUUGCCCUCAGUGCUCGAAGACAAGUGUGGAUAUCGACUCUUCAUCCAAGGCAGAGACGACAUUCCAGGACAAGAUCGUCUGGAGCUGGUGGAGAGGUGCCUGAGGCAGAGCCGGAGGCUGAUAGUCGUCCUCACCCCGGGAUCAAACCCAGAGUCUGAGACCACCGACAGAUGUCCUGUUUCAAACCACAGCUCAGUCACAGGAGGCUUUGAUUGGCAGGUUGGACUGCACCAGGCCCUGGUUCAGAGGGAGCUGAGUGUCAUUCUGAUCCAGCUGGGGGACACUGGGCCUCAGGGGUACACACACCUCCUCCCUGGGCUGCAGCAUCUGAUUCGUAAGAGCGCCCCCAUCAGGUGGCCAGAGGGCACACGGGCAGCUGCCGCCUGGAACUCCCACUUCUGGAAGAGAGUACGAUUCCUGAUGCCUGCCACACCUACCAAGAGAUGUGAGCUCUCUGCUCUUCUAUAAAGUCACCAGUAUGUGAAAUUAUAUAAAAACCUGGAGAUGUUUUUAACCAAACCUGUUGGAAUGCUCUUUACACUCAUCUCUCUGACAUCUUAUGUUUAUUAGCUGCACGAGAAACUUCAUGAUUAUCUCAAUAAGGAAGAAACAGAAGAAUUUUUCAUGUAAGAUUUGGUGCUCAGAGAUGGUUUUUUCUUAAGCAAUGUUUAUCUUUUGUCUGUUUAUCAGAUUAAUUUACUUAUAACGACUGAAAUUUAGUGUAUUUAUACAUAAGGACUGUUAUAAGUUAUAUAAAAUAAAAUACA